GGUUUGCGGCUGCGUCCGCAUGGCAACCGCGAGCUGUGUACAAGAGAGAGGGAAGAAGGGACCUUUUGGAGACGCUGACCGGGAUUUCAACAUUCAAACACCCAAUUCCUGUUUCCUUCUUCGGACAUACUGUAUCAUUGGAGACUGCAGACGGUUUGGAGCGGCUUUAAUGCGGCGUGUUAUUGGCGAAGCCUGACAGCUGUGUAAGCUGCGACCAAAUAUCUGUAACUAUGACGGCAGAGGAGACAAUCGCCAUCAAGGAGGCGGAGGUGAUCAAGCUGAUGCUGGACUUCCUGAACUCCAGGAAGCUCCACAUCAGCAUGCUGGCCUUAGAGAAGGAGAGCGGCAUCAUCAAUGGACUCUACUCUGACGACAUGCUCUUCCUCAGACAACUCAUUCUGGACGGCCAGUGGGAGGAGGUGAUGCAGUUCAUUCAACCUCUGGAAGGAAUGGACAAGUUUGACAAGAAAAGGUUCCGCUACAUUAUACUGAAGCAGAAGUUUCUAGAAGCUCUGUGUGUAAAUAACGCCAUGUCUGCGGCUGAAGACCCUCAAAACCUGGAGCUUACCAUGCAAGCGACAGUCAAGUGUCUUCACAGUCUGGAGGAGUUCUGUCCGACCAAAGACGACUACAGCAAGCUUUGUCUCCUCCUCACCCUGCCACGCCUCACCCACCACGCAGAGUUCAAAGACUGGAACCCCAGCACGGCACGGGUCCACUGUUUUGAAGAAGCCUGUGCUAUGGUGGCUGAGUUCAUCCCCGCCGACAGAAAGCUGAGCGAGGCAGGCUUCAGGGCGAGCGGGAACCGUCUCUUCCAGCUGCUCAUCAAAGGGAUUCUGUACGAGUGCUGUGUGGAGUUCUGUCAGAGUAAAGCCACUGGUGAGGCGAUCACAGAGGGGGAGGUGUUGCUCGGUGUGGAUCUGCUCUGUGGGAAUGGCUGUGAUGAGCUGGACCUGUCCCUGCUCUCCUGGCUGCAGAACGUCUCUCCGGGGGCCUUCUCCUGCGCCUUCCAGCAGAAGACCCUCAACAUCCACGUGGACCGCCUGGUGAAGCCCAGCAAGGCGGGCCACGCUGACCUGCUCACUCCAUUGAUCAACCGCCUGUCCCCCUGCCCGACCUCCCCCUUUAGCCAGAGGCCACAUUCAGCAGACACCUACAUGUCCAGGUCCCUCAACCCAGCUCUGGACGGCCUGUCCCACGGCCUGGCUGCCCAGGACAAGAGAGGCAUGGAGGCCAGCAUGAUGUCGGCCCUGAGUCGGAGUUUAGUGGAGAAUAAUCUGCAUCAGCAGGACGAUUCACCUGAGAAGAAGCAACCACAAGGGCUGGAUGGACCCAAAACAACUCGCACACCUCUGACCCCCGGAAAAGAUGGCGGGCCCCCCUGCAGCACGGACACAGAUGAGCAUCCCGAGUCCUCAGAGCACAUCCAGGAGUAUCACCGGCAGCGUCUCCGAGUGCAGCAGCAUCUGGAGCAGAAGCAGCAUCAGAGACAACUUUACCAACAGAUGCUACUGGAGGGAGGGGUGAAGCCGCAGGACAUUGCCCAAAACAACCUCACUGAGACCUUCCUCAGCAGAUCCAUUCAGAAGUUGGAGGAGAUGAAUGUGGGGAUUGACCACAGAGCAGAUGAGGUGAUGACGCAGUGGAACGGACUGACAGAAAACACUUCCAGCCCCCAAAGCACCGCUGCCCAGCACACCCCAGACACUGGGCCACCAACAAACAAGCCAGGUGGGAGGGUCAGCAGCACCCCUCUAAGAACCGGGGGCCACAGCUUGCCCUCCCUCGGAGAGUCCCCCGUCCCUACCAGUCAGAGUGCUGAGAAGAUCAGAGGGGCAGUGCAAGAUGAUUCUGGCUGCUCUGCAACACGUAAUUCACAAGAGAUCAUCUGUUGUGAUCCUGUGCAGCCGGGGAAGUCCAAAGCGCAGUUUGUGAGGGUGAACCAGCUGGAGGACACUCAGGCGGUGCGCGCCGUGGCCUUCCAUCCCUCCGGAGCGCUCUAUGCCGUCGGCUCCAACUCUAAAACCCUCAGAGUCUGUGCCUACCCAGAAACACUCUCCCCCAGUAGUGCUUCUGGUGCAGUCAAGCAGCCGGCGGUGCGCUUCAGGAGGAACAAACACCACAAGGGUUCCAUCUACUGUGUCGCCUGGAGCCACUGCGGACAGCUGCUGGCCACUGGGUCCAAUGAUAAAUUUGUCAAAGUCCUGCCUUUCAAUGCAGACAGCUGCAAUGCAACAGGCCCAGACCUGGAGUUCAGCAUGCAUGACGGCACCAUCAGGGACCUGGCCUUCAUGGAGGGGCCCGAGAGCGGAGGAUCCAUCCUGAUCAGUGCCGGGGCCGGAGAUUGCAACAUCUACACCACCGACUGUCAGAGGGGACAGGGCCUGCACGCCCUCAGCGGACACACUGGUCACAUUCUGACUCUGUACACGUGGGGCGGGUGGAUGAUCGCCUCUGGCUCUCAGGACAAGACGGUGCGCUUCUGGGACCUGCGGGUGCCCAGCUGUGUGCGGGUGGUGGGAACAACUCUGCACGGCUCAGGAAGUGCUGUUGCCACGGUGGCGGUGGACCCCAGUGCGCGCCUGCUUGCCACAGGUCAGGAGGACAGCACCUGCAUGCUGUACGACAUCAGAGGAGGCCGCAUGGUCCAGACGUAUCGGCCGCACAGCAGCGACAUCCGCUCAGUGCGUUUCUCCCCCGGAGCCCACCAUCUCCUCACCGGCUCCUACGACAACAAAGUCAUCAUCAGCGACCUUCAAGGUGACCUAACCAAGCCCCUUCCUCAGAUGGUGGCAGGCGAGCACUGGGACAAGGUGAUUCAGUGUAGGUGGCACCCCCACGACCGGACCUUCCUCUCCUCCUCUGCAGAUCGAACUGUCGUGCUCUGGGCCCCCGGCCCCUGAGCCGUUCACUGGAGGAACACUGGUGGGCCACAGCAGGAAGCACAAGAGUACUCACAUCCCAGCGAGUGAUCACUAACUUGUGUACUUGUGUGUGUGUGUGUGUGUGUGUGUGUGUG